AUGGAAAGUAUCCUUCCAGGAAAAUAUGAGCUCUCGUGGAGAAUGCGGUUGGACGCGUCGGCAAGGAUUGAUGGAACAACCGAGUUUCUUGCCGUGCCCGAGCAUGGCACGUUAAUCUGUUACUCGUGGACUGACGAAACGAUUCAAGAAAUGUUAAUAAAACAUGGAACAGCGUGGUUCACUGCACACAUGGGAGCGACAACCAUUUAUAAACCGUCAACAGUUUAUUUAGCUGUCAGAAAUUGGACGAGUCCCUAUUGGAAGCAAGGUUUGUCAUGGGACUGUUGCGAGCUGAAAUUGUUGCCACUUCAGACUAACUAAAUCGAAGGAGGGGAUAAGAAAACGCAAUGCAGCCUCAUAUCUUACAUCUGACGCUUAAACUGACGUUUAUACCUAUUACAUGAAAAUAUGAGAAAUGUAUUAAAAAUACCCACUUAUCACUUCUGGUUCGAAAAUGUUUUGAGUCGUGACUCUCUUGUCUAUAUUUACUAGUUUUAAAAACAACUUUUUGUAAUAACAUUCCUUUCUAUGGAUGUGCAUGUUUUGCGGUAAUGUUUGAAGACUAACUGAAAUUCAAGGUUAUUACGCUUAAACGAGCAAAAUAGGAAGAAAUAGUUAGUUACAGUACAACUAAAACUAGUCUAGUCCUAUUUUAUUCAUAACUCCACACUAAUCACGAUUCUAUAGACUUUUUAUUUUAUAUUUAAUUCUUGUAAACACAUACAAUUUGUUUCCAUAUUUAUCAUUUUAACUACAAUGCAUUUAUGAAGUAGCUCGGCUGAGAAUGCGAUUUCGUGAGGGGAGACUCAAUGUGAUUCAGGCAAGUUAGUAAACUAGAGAUAUACAGGAUAGUUGUUUCGGAUGCAUGGCUCUACUCUGUAUAAAUCUUUUGUGCUCCCUACCCUAUGGUUUCAGGUGAUUUUAGAGACCUGGUCCUACUCCUCGAAAAUUUUGAGAAUUUUUGAUAACGAUCAUUUAUUUUAUUUUUUUAUAUGAAUCAUCGAUGAAAUCACCACUUCUUUAAAAAUUUGAGUUAGUUUUUCAAUAAAUAUGUGAUGAAGAGGAAAGAAAAAGUUAAAAGAAAAGUUUGUUUAACGAGAGAACUACCUGAGGUGUUAAAUCGAUUUCGGAAAUUUGAAUUGAAUUUUUAGUCGGUUUUUGUCUAUAGAGCUUCGAACUCGAGCAAAGUCC